CCCCAGGGCCGAGGGUGGAGCUUUCCCAGUCGGCCGGGAAGAGCUGGGCCCGGCCUACAUGUGAGGGCUGGAGAGAGCGACGGCGGACUCUUUCCUGCGGAGUUCGGAUGGUGGUGGACACGGCCAGACCGAUUCUCGGGACUCUGAGCUGCGGAUCACUGGAUGCUCCAGAUUCCCCGGACCCAAUCCCCAACUUCAGACCCCCAGGACCUUGCAGGUCGGAGCCUGGCUUUGGCCCUGCGCUCCAGAUUCCCGGAACAGGGCCUCUGACCGACUCCGGAUUUCCAGAUUCCGUGCGGAGAUUCCCAAUCCUGAGAUCCCUGGAUCCGUGCCACUGGCUCUUGCCCCGCCCCGGGUGCCCAGAGCCGGGCGCCCCCGCAUGGCAGGGCCGUGCCAGCGGUCCGGAGCCCUGGAGCGCGCCGGCAGCUGCUGGCAGGACCCUCUGGCCGAGGCGCUGAGCCGGGGCCGGCCCCCCGCCGCAUCCCCCGGCCGGGGCUGCGCUCGAAGCCGGCCGCUCAGCGUGGUUUAUGUGCUGACCCGGGAGCCGCAGCCCGGGGUAGAGCACGAGGCUGGAGCCGAGACGGAGCCGCUGACCCUGCGCUGCCUGCGCGAGGCCUGCGCGCAGCUCCCGGGGCCGCGACCGCGACCGCAGCUGCGCACCCUACCCUUCGGGACGCUGGCUUUGGGAGACACCGCGGCUCUGGAUUGCUUCUACAACGCCGAUGUGGUGGUGCUGGAGGUGAGCAGCUCCCUGGCACAGCCCUCCCUGUUCUACCACCUGGGCGUGCGUGAGAGCUUCAGCAUGACCAACAACGUGCUCCUCUGCUCCCAGGCUGACCUCCCUGACCUGCAGGCUCUUCGGGAGGAUGUUUUCCAGAAGAACUCGGAUUGUGUUGGCAGCUACACGCUGAUCCCCUAUGUGGUGACAGCCACUGGUCGGGUGCUGUGCGGUGAUGCAGGCCUCCUGAGGGGCCUGGCUGAUGGGCUGGUACAGGCAGGGGUGGGCACCGAGGCCCUGCUAACGCCCCUGGUGGGUCGGCUCGCCCGUCUGCUGGAGGCCACGCCCACGGACUCUUGUGGCUACUUCCGGGAGACCAUUCGGCAGGACAUCCGGCAGGCCCGGGAGCGGUUCAGCGGGCAGCAGCUGCGGCAGGAGCUGGCUCGCCUGCAGCGGAGACUGGACAGCGUGGAGCUGCUGAGCCCCGACAUCAUCAUGAACCUGCUGCUCUCCUACCGCGACGUGCAGGACUACUCGGCCAUCAUUGAGUUGGUGGAGACGCUGCAGGCCUUGCCCACCUGUGACGUGGCCCAGCAGCACAAUGUCUGCUUCCACUACACGUUUGCCCUCAACCGGAGGAACAGGCCUGGGGACCGGGAGAAGGCACUGGCUGUGCUGCUGCCCCUGGUACAGGGUGAGGGCUCUGUGGCCCCUGACCUAUACUGCAUGUGCGGCCGUGUCUACAAGGACAUGUUCUUCAGCUCUGGCUUCCAGGAGGCUGGGCACCGAGAGCAGGCCUAUCACUGGUAUCGCAAGGCCUUUGAUAUGGAGCCCAGCCUCCACUCCGGCAUCAACGCGGCCGUGCUGCUCAUUGCUGCUGGGCAGCGUUUUGAGGACUCUGAAGAGCUCCAGCUCAUAGGCAUGAAGCUGGGUUGUCUGCUGGCCCGAAAAGGCUGUGUGGAGAAGAUGCAGUAUUACUGGGAUGUAGGCUUCUACCUGGGAGCUCAUAUCCUCGCCAAUGACCUCGCCCAGGUGGCGCUGGCAGCAGAGCAGCUCUACAAGCUCAAUGCUCCCAUAUGGUACUUGGUGUCCAUGAUGGAAACUUUCCUGCUGUACCAGCACUUCAGACCCAUGCUAGAGCCUCCUGAAGGAUCCCUGCACCGUGCCCACUUCUGGCUCCGCUUCUUGCUACAGUCCUGUCAGCCACUCAAGACGGCUUGUCCCCAAGGGGACCAGUGCUUGGUGCUGGUCCUGGAAAUGAACAAGGUGCUGCUGCCCGCGAGGCUCGAGAUUCAGGGUACUGACCCGGUGAGCGCAGUGACCCUGAGCCUGCUGGAGCCCGAAACCGAGGACAUUCCGUCCAGCUGGACCUUCCCAGUGGCCUCCAUCUGUGGGGUCAGCUCCUCGAAGAGGGACGAGCGCUGCUGCUUCCUCUACGCGCUUCCCCCGGCCCAGGAUGUGCAGCUGUGCUUCCCCAGCGUAGGGCACUGCCAGUGGUUCUGCAGCCUGAUCCAAGCCUUGGUGACGAAUCCGGAUUCCACGGUGCCCGCAGAAGAGGGAGAGGGCGUGGGGGAGGUGCUGGAGUUCGAUUAUGAGUACAUGGAGACGGGCGAGCGGCUGGUGCUGGGCAAGGGCACCUAUGGGGUAGUGUACGCGGGCCGCGAGCGGCACACACGGGUGCGCAUAGCCAUUAAGGAGAUCCCGGAGCGGGACAGCAGGUUCUCUCAGCCCCUGCAUGAAGAGAUCGCUCUGCACAAACGCCUUCGCCACAAGAACAUUGUGCGCUACCUGGGCUCUGCCAGCCAGGACGGCUACCUCAAGAUCUUCAUGGAGGAAGUGCCUGGAGGCAGCCUGUCCUCCUUGCUGCGGUCAGUGUGGGGACCCCUGCAGGACAAUGAGAGCACCAUCAGUUUCUACACCCGCCAGAUCCUGCAGGGACUCAGCUACCUGCAUGACAACCGCAUAGUCCAUCGAGACAUCAAGGGGGACAAUGUACUGAUCAACACCUUCAGUGGGCUGCUCAAGAUCUCUGAUUUCGGCACCUCCAAGAGGCUGGCAGGCAUCACACCCUGCACUGAGACCUUCACAGGGACCCUACAGUAUAUGGCCCCAGAAAUCAUUGACCAGGGCCCACGAGGGUAUGGGAAGGCAGCUGACAUCUGGUCGCUGGGCUGCACUGUUAUCGAGAUGGCCACAGGUCGCCCACCCUUCCAUGAGCUAGGGAACCCGCAAGCUGCCAUGUUUCAGGUGGGCAUGUACAAGGUGCAUCCGCCAAUGCCCGCUUCUCUGUCAGCGGAGGCCCAAACCUUCCUUCUCCGAACUUUUGAGCCGGACCCCCGGCUCCGAGCCAGUGCUCAGGCACUGCUGGGGGACCCCUUCCUGCAGCCUGGGAAGAGGAGCCGCAGCCCGGGCUCUCCCAGACAGGCACCGCGGCCCUCAGAUGCCCCUUCAGCCAGCCCCAUUCCUUCCGCUGACCCGACCACCCAGUCCCAGACAUUCCCGUGCCCUAAGGCACCCUUUCAGCAUCCACCCAGUCCGCCCAAGCGCUGCCUCAGUUAUGGAGACACCAGCCAGCUUCGGGUGCCCGAGGAACCCGGGGCAGAGGAGCCCACGUCCCCCGAGGAGAGUUCUGGGCUGAGCCUGCUGCACCAGGAGAGCAAGCGCAGGGCCAUGCUGGCCGCGGUACUGGAGCAGGAGCUGCCCACACUGGUGGAGAAUCUGCGCCCAAAGCAGGAACAGGGUCCCCAUCUGGGCAGUAAUCAUGUGGAACAGCUACUGCGCUGCCUCGGAGCGCACAUUCACACACCCAACCGUCGGCAGCUGGCCCAGGAGCUGCGGGCGCUACAAAGGCAGCUGCGGGCUGAAGGCCUUGGGCCUGUGCUUCUGCAUGGACCGCUCUUCGCCUUCCCAGAUGCGGUGAAGCAGAUCCUCCGGAGGCGCCAGAUCCGCCCACACUGGAUGUUCGUGCUGGACUCGCUGCUCAGCCGAGCUGUACGCGUAGCCCUGGCUGUCUUGGGCCCAGAGGUGGAGACGGAAGCGGUCCCACCGAGGUCAGAGGAGUCAAGUAAAGAAGAGGAACCCCAGUCCAAGCAACAGGAAACCUUGGUCCAGUUGAGCCGGCUCCCUGGGGAGCUAGAGCAGGGAUCCCCGCCCUUGAUGGUGCAGCUGGGCCUCUUGCGAGCAGAAACCGAUAGGCUUCGAGAGGUCCUGGCCGAGAAGGAACGGGAGUACCAGGCCCUGGUGCAGCAAGCUCUACAGCAGGUGAAUGGGAAGACCAGGAUCUUCGCCCUGGCCUCUGAGCCCCCAGCUGCUCUCACCGUGGACCAGGGCCUGGUGCAGUGGCUACAGGAACUGAAUGUGGAUUCAGGCACCAUCCAGAUGCUGCUGAACCACAGUUUCACCCUCCAUACCCUAUUGACCUGUGCCACUCGAGAUGACCUCAUCUACACCCGCAUCAGGGGAGGGAUGGUGUGGCGCAUCUGGAGAGCCAUCUUGGCGCAGCGAGCAGGAUCCACGCCCGUUACCCCUGGCCCCCAGGAGGCUGAAUGAGAACUCAGAGACAGGAGGGCAGACCCAAGGAUGGAUGAACGGAGAAGACACAAGUAGCUUCUGCUGUACCUGCGCCAGGACGCAGGCUCAACUGGAGGAGGCCAGGUGGAUGGGGGGCAGGCAGGGCCCAGGUGGGCAGAACCAACCACAAAGAUGCGCCAAGCGUAUCAAGUACCACCAGGCAAAGACUAUUAAACAGAACACCUUUGUACGCUUGGGCCUU